UCCUUUCGCAAAUUCAAAGUACUAUUGAUGGGUGUCUUGUUUGGUUAUCGAUAUACUCCAUAAAAAAUAUGAUAUGAAGUGUCUAUUUUAUUUUUCUAUAAUUGUCCAGAGAAACUACACACGUCUUACUGGAUACUUUUAAAUAAAAAUGUUAGGUUUUGAAAUUUGCUUUCAACGCCAACCAGAAUCCAUUCAAUUCUUAGUAAGAAAAAAAAUUUGUCUGCAAAUCGUCAUCUCAAACGUCCUGAAUUGUCCACUUAUAUGCCAAAGGACCCCCAUUCUAUCUCCCGUUUCUAUACAACAAAAUAACCAUAGAAUUUUUAUCGUUUUCCCAAGCACAAAUUUUGAAAUGGCUCGACCUCAUGUGCUUCUAAUAACUUUUCCUGCACAAGGCCAUAUUAAUCCAUCGCUUACAUUUGCCAAGACCCUUAACAGGAGUGGCAUUGAAGUCACCUUUGUAACAAGUUUAUACGCCCAGCGGCACAUAGUGAAAGGCACAGGUGACAUCACCAACGGUAUUACUUUUGUGGCGUUUUCUGAUGGAUUCGACGAUGGUUUCAAAAUCAGUGAUGAUCAUCAGAAACACAUGACGGAAAUUAGAAACCGUGGUUCUGAAGCAUUAAGGAAAACAAUUAUUGCCAGUGCCGAGCAAGGACACCCGGUUACGUGCCUAGUUUACAGUCUCCUGCUCCCGUGGGCUGCAGUGGUGGCUCGUGAAGUCCACAUCCCAAGUUCUGUUCUAUGGAUUCAAACAGCCACUGUGCUGAAUAUAUAUUACUCUUAUUUCAAUGGCUAUGGUGAAGAAAUCAGCAAUACUUCUGAGGAUCCGUCUUGGGCAAUCCAGUUGCCUAGACUUCCAUUGCUAGCUAAACGUGAUCUUCCAUCCUUGAUUCUUCCUUCAGGUGGGGGCGGUCAGCAUAGUUUUGCUCUUUCGUUGUUUAAAGAGCACAUAGAGACAUUGGAUGCAGAAACAAAACCAAAAGUUCUCGUGAAUACAUUCGAUGCACUAGAGCCUGAUGCACUUAAGGCGAUAGAAGAUUAUGAGUUAAUCGGGAUUGGACCCUUAAUGCCUUCAGCUUUCUUGGAUGGAAAGGAUCCAUUGGAUAAGGGCGUUGGUGGAGAUCUUUUUCACAAAUCUGCCGAGUAUCUUCAAUGGUUGAAUUCGAAACCAGAAUCUUCUGUGGUUUAUGUGUCAUUUGGAAGUCUUUCGACGCUCCCAAAAGUUCAACUGGAUGAGAUUGCUAAAGGGUUGCUCGAGUGUGGGCGACCAUUUUUAUGGGUUAUACGUGUAAAUGAGAACCAAGGAGGAGGAAAAGACAAUGACAAACUAAGUUGUUUGGAAGAAUUGGAAAAACUAGGAAAAUUAGUACCAUGGUGUUCACAACUUGAGGUCCUAAUACACCCUUCUUUGGGUUGUUUUAUGACUCAUUGUGGUUGGAAUUCGACGUUGGAGAGUUUAGCAUGUGGUGUUCCUAUGGUGGCAUUUCCACUGUGGACUGAUCAAGGGACGAAUGCAAAGCUUAUUCAAGAUGUCUGGAGGACAGGCCUAAGGGUGAACACAAAAGAAGAUGGCAUCAUUGAGAGCCACGAGAUCAAGAGAUGCAUUAGAACAAUAAUGGAUGGUGGAGAAAAAAGUCGAGAACUGAGAAAGAAUGCAAGGAAAUGGAAGAAUUCUGCAAGGGAAGCUAUGCAGGAGGAUGGUCCUUCCACUAAGAACUUGAAGGCUUUUGUCGAAGAACUUGGAGAUUUUUAAGUCGUGAAUUUAUUGUCUAAAAUUUGACUUGUCAUUUUGCUAGGUUUAAUACCUUAAAAUUGGGUUGAAAUCUUGGAAGAUCACGUUUAACUUGAAUUUGGAAAGAAAUCAAAUUACAUCCAAGAUUUUUUUCCUUUUACGC